CUGAGGCACUGCGUAGACGGGGAGAUCGGUAUCAGUUUACACGUAGCUUUCAGUCAAUAAUCCGCCAGAGGUCCACCCCUUUUGCCUUUUCCCCCUCCUUGCCUUGGGGAGAAAUCCUCCCUUCACUGGGAGAGAACUUCUCUCCCGGGGCGGUGCGGCCCGGAGCUCCAGCGCCUGAGUCUCCACUUCGUUUGCUGAAACUUGCUUUCUGCCAGCUGAGAGCCAUGCUGCGGGUGAUUGUGGAAUCUGCCAGUAAUAUCCCUAAAACGAAAUUUGGAAAGCCGGAUCCUAUUGUUUCUGUUAUUUUUAAGGAUGAGAAAAAGAAAACAAAGAAAGUUGAUAAUGAAUUGAACCCUGUCUGGAAUGAGAUUUUGGAGUUUGACUUGAGGGGUAUUCCGUUGGACUUUUCAUCUUCCCUUGGGAUUAUUGUGAAAGAUUUUGAGACAAUUGGACAAAAUAAGGGGAAGGGUCACGGUGGUACCUGUGAUGACACCAAGGAUUGUCCUCCGGCCACAUCCCCUUUCAAUGAACGGGAAGAGCCGCAAGGUUCUCUGGAAAUCCUGGCCUGGCGUCAGGAGCGGAAGUUCCCGGGGAGAGCGCAGAUCCCGAGUUGCCUGCUGCCUUCCCUCCCUGCCAGCCCUCCACCUCCCCCACUUUCCUCCAACAGCCAUUGGGAGUCACUCGUCUACACCAUUGUCUCUGGGACUUCCUGGGCUACCAUUGACUUGGUCAUCGGCUAUGAUCCGCCUUCCACUCCACAUCCAAAUGACCCGAGUGGGCCCAGCGUGCCAGGCAUGGGAGGAGAUGGGGAAGAAGAUGAAGGUGAUGAAGACACGUUGGACAAUGCAGUCAGGGGCCCUGGGCCCAAGGGGCCAGUUGGGACGGUGUCAGAAGCUCAGCUUGCUCGGAGGCUCACCAAAGUAAAGAACAGCAGGCGGAUGCUGUCCAAUAAGCCACAGGACUUCCAGAUCCGCGUCCGAGUGAUUGAGGGCCGACAGCUAAGCGGCAACAACAUAAGACCUGUGGUCAAAGUUCAUGUCUGCGGCCAGACACACCGAACAAGAAUCAAGAGAGGAAACAACCCAUUUUUUGAUGAGUUGCUUUUCUACAAUGUCAACAUGACCCCUUCUGAAUUGAUGGAUGAGACCAUCAGCAUCCGGGUUUAUAAUUCUCACUCUCUGAGAGCAGAUUGUCUGAUGGGGGAAUUUAAGAUUGAUGUUGGAUUUGUUUAUGAUGAACCUGGCCAUGCUGUCAUGAGAAAGUGGCUUCUUCUCAAUGACCCGGAAGAUGCUAGUUCAGGUUCUAAAGGUUAUAUGAAAGUCAGCAUGUUUGUCCUGGGAACCGGAGAUGAGCCUCCUCCUGAGAGACGAGAUCGUGAUAAUGACAGUGAUGAUGUGGAGAGUAAUUUGUUACUCCCUGCUGGCAUCGCCCUUCGGUGGGUGACCUUCUUGCUGAAAAUCUACCGAGCUGAGGACAUCCCCCAGAGUAUGUAUCAAUUUAAUCUUACAGUAAAGGAAAUAUUUGGAGGCAAUGCAGAUAAGAAAAAUCUUGUGGAUCCUUUUGUGGAGGUUUCCUUUGCUGGAAAAAAGGUUUGUACAAACAUAAUUGAGAAAAAUGCAAACCCUGAGUGGAAUCAGGUCGUCAAUCUUCAGAUCAAGUUUCCUUCAGUGUGUGAAAAAAUAAAACUAACAAUAUAUGACUGGGACCGUCUUACUAAAAAUGAUGUAGUUGGAACAACGUAUCUACACCUGUCCAAAAUUGCUGCCUCUGGUGGGGAAGUGGAAGAUUUCUCAUCUUCGGGAACUGGGGCUGCAUCGUAUACAGUAAACACAGGAGAAACAGAGGUAGGCUUUGUUCCAACAUUUGGACCUUGUUAUCUGAAUCUUUAUGGAAGCCCCAGAGAGUACACAGGAUUCCCAGACCCCUAUGAUGAGCUGAAUACUGGAAAGGGGGAAGGAGUUGCCUACAGAGGCAGGAUCUUGGUUGAAUUAACCACUUUUCUUGAGAAGACACCACCAGAUAGAAAGAUUGAACCCAUUUCAUGUGAUGACCUGCUGGUUGUUGAGAAAUACCAGCGACGGCGGAAGUACAGCCUGUCUGCUGUGUUUCAUUCAGCCACCAUGUUGCAAGAUGUGGGUGAGGCCAUUCAGUUUGAAGUCAGCAUUGGGAACUAUGGCAACAAGUUUGACACCACCUGUAAGCCUUUGGCAUCCACAACUCAGUACAGCCGUGCUGUAUUUGAUGGGAACUUCUAUUACUACUUGCCUUGGGCCCACACCAAGCCAGUUGUCACCCUGACUUCAUACUGGGAGGAUAUUAGUCAUCGCCUGGAUGCGGUGAACACUCUCCUAGUUAUGGCAGAACGGCUGCAAUCAAAUAUAGAGGCUCUAAAAUCAGGGAUACAAAGUAAAAUUCCUGCAAACCAGUUGGCUGAAUGGUGGUUGAAGCUGAUAGAUGAAGUUAUAGAAGACACGAGAUAUUCAUUGCCUCUCACAGAAGGAAAAGCCAACGUCACAGUUCUCGAUACUCAGAUCCGAAAGCUGCGGUCCAGAUCUCUCUCCCAAAUACAUGAGGCAGCUGUGAGGAUGCGGUCGGAAGCCACAGAUGUGAAGUCCACAAUGGCAGAAAUUGAGGACUGGCUUGAUAAAUUAAUGCAGCUGACCGAAGAGCCACAGAACAGCAUGCCUGACAUCAUCAUCUGGAUGAUCCGGGGAGAGAAGAGACUGGCCUAUGCACGAAUUCCCGCACAUCGGGUCUUAUACUCCACCAGUGGUGAGAAUGCAUCUGGAAAAUACUGUGGAAAAACCCAAACCAUCUUUCUCAAGUAUCCGCAGGAGAAAAACAAUGGGCUCAAGGUACCUGUGGAGUUGCGAGUGAACAUCUGGCUAGGCUUAAGUGCUGAGGAGAAGAAGUUUAACAGCUUUGCGGAAGGAACUUUCACCGUCUUUGCUGAAAUGCCAAAACUUUCCUGCGGCUUAUGCAAAUCAUCUUCUCAGUGGGUUCAUCAGCAGACAAAUGGAAAUUCUAGUUUAGAUCCAAACAGGGACACCCAGCACACUGGCAAAUCUCCACCCUUUCCGUGCUUGCUGACUGAGGCAGAUGCAGGUCACACGGAGUUCACUGAUGAAGUCUAUCAGAAUGAGACCCGCUACCCCGGGGGCGACUGGAAGCCAGCGGAGGACACCUACACAGAUGCGAACGGCGAUAAAGCAGCAUCUCCCAGCGAGUUGACUUGUCCUCCAGGUUGGGAAUGGGAGGAUGAUGCGUGGUCAUAUGACAUAAAUCGAGCAGUGGAUGAGAAAGGCUGGGAAUAUGGAAUCACCAUUCCUCCUGAUCAUAAGCCCAAAUCCUGGGUUGCCGCAGAGAAAAUGUACCAUACUCAUAGACGGCGAAGGCUGGUCCGAAAACGCAGGAAAGAUUUAACACAGACGGCUUCAAGCACCGCGAGGGCCAUGGAGGAAUUGGAAGACCAAGAAGGUUGGGAAUAUGCUUCUUUAAUUGGCUGGAAAUUCCACUGGAAACAACGAAGUUCAGAUACCUUUCGCCGCAGACGCUGGAGGAGAAAAAUGGCUCCUUCAGAAACACAUGGUGCAGCUGCCAUCUUUAAACUUGAAGGUGCCCUUGGGGCAGACACUACGGAAGAUGGGGAUGAGAAGACUGUGGAGAAGCAGAAGCACAGCGCCACUGCUGUGUUUGGAGCAAACACACCCAUUGUUUCCUGCAAUUUUGACAGAGUCUACAUCUACCACCUGCGCUGCUAUGUCUAUCAAGCCAGAAAUCUCCUGGCUUUAGACAAGGAUAGCUUUUCAGAUCCGUAUGCUCAUGUCUCUUUCCUCCAUCGGAGCAAAACCACUGAAAUCAUCCGUUCAACCCUGAAUCCCACGUGGGACCAAACAAUUAUAUUCGAUGAAGUUGAAAUCUAUGGGGAACCUCAAACAAUUCUACAGAAUCCACCCAAAGUGAUCAUGGAACUUUUUGACAAUGACCAAGUGGGCAAAGAUGAAUUUUUAGGACGAAGCAUUUUCUCUCCUCUGGUGAAACUGAACUCAGAAAUGGACAUCGCACCCAAACUUCUCUGGCACCCAGUAAUGAAUGGAGACAAAGCCUGUGGAGAUGUUCUUGUCACCGCAGAGCUGAUUCUGAGGGACAGGGAUGGCUCCAACCUUCCCAUUCUUCCCCCUCAAAGGGCACCAAAUCUAUACAUGGUCCCCCAGGGGAUCAGGCCUGUGGUCCAGCUCACUGCCAUUGAGAUUCUAGCCUGGGGCUUAAGAAAUAUGAAAAACUUCCAGAUGGCUUCUAUCACAUCCCCCAGUCUUGUCGUGGAGUGUGGAGGAGAAAGGGUAGAAUCAGUGGUCAUCAAAAGCCUUAAGAAGACACCCAACUUUCCAAGUUCUGUUCUCUUCAUGAAAGUGUUCUUGCCCAAGGAGGAAUUAUACAUGCCCCCCCUGGUGAUCAAGGUCAUCGACCACAGGCAGUUUGGGCGGAAGCCUGUCGUCGGCCAGUGCACCAUCGACCGCCUGGACCGCUUUCGCUGCGACCCUUAUGCAGGGAAAGAGGAUAUUGUCCCACAGCUCAAAGCCUCCCUUCUGUCUGCCCCACCAUGCCGGGACAUCGUUAUUGAAAUGGAAGACACCAAACCAUUACUGGCUUCUAAGCUGACAGAAAAGGAGGAAGAAAUCAUGGACUGGUGGAGUAAAUUCUAUGCUUCCUCGGGGGAACAUGAAAAAUGCGGACAGUAUAUUCAGAAAGGCUAUUCCAAGCUCAAGAUAUAUGAUUGCGAACUAGAAAACGUAGCAGAAUUUGAGGGCCUGACAGACUUCUCAGAUACGUUCAAGUUGUACCGAGGCAAAUCAGAUGAGAAUGAAGAUCCUUCUGUGGUCGGAGAGUUUAAAGGUUCCUUUCGGAUCUACCCUCUGCCGGAUGACCCCAGCGUGCCAGCCCCUCCUAGACAGUUUCGGGAAUUACCUGACAGCGUCCCACAGGAAUGCACGGUUAGGAUUUACAUUGUUCGAGGCUUAGAGCUCCAGCCCCAGGACAACAAUGGCCUGUGUGACCCUUACAUAAAAAUAUCACUGGGCAGAAAAGUCAUUGAAGACCGAGAUCACUAUAUUCCCAACACUCUCAACCCAGUCUUUGGCAGGAUGUAUGAACUGAGCUGCUAUUUACCUCAAGAAAAAGACCUGAAAAUUUCUGUCUAUGAUUAUGACACCUUUACCCGGGAUGAAAAAGUAGGAGAAACAAUUAUUGAUCUGGAAAACCGAUUCCUUUCCCGCUUUGGGUCCCACUGCGGCAUACCGGAGCAGUACUGCAUUUCUGGAGUCAAUACCUGGCGAGAUCAACUGAGACCAACACAGCUGCUUCAAAAUGUCGCCAGAUUCAAAGGCUUCCCACCACCCAUCCUUUCCGAAGAUGGGAGUAGAAUCAGAUAUGGAGGACGAGACUACAGUUUGGAUGAAUUUGAAGCCAACAAAACCCUGCACCAGCACCUCGGGGCCCCUGAAGAGCGGCUUGCUCUUCACAUCCUCAGGACUCAGGGGCUGGUCCCUGAGCAUGUGGAAACAAGGACUUUGCACAGCACCUUCCAGCCCAACAUCUCCCAGGGGAAACUUCAGAUGUGGGUGGAUGUUUUCCCCAAGAGUUUGGGGCCACCCGGCCCUCCUUUCAAUAUCACGCCCCGGAAAGCCAAGAAAUACUACCUGCGUGUGAUCAUCUGGAACACCAAGGACGUUAUCUUGGAUGAGAAAAGCAUCACAGGAGAGGAAAUGAGUGACAUCUACGUCAAAGGCUGGAUUCCUGGCAAUGAAGAAAACAAACAGAAAACAGAUGUCCAUUACAGGUCCUUGGAUGGCGAAGGGAAUUUUAACUGGAGAUUUGUUUUCCCGUUUGACUACCUUCCAGCUGAACAACUCUGCAUCGUUGCAAAAAAGGAGCAUUUCUGGAGUAUUGACCAAACAGAGUUUCGAGUCCCACCCAGACUGAUCAUUCAGAUAUGGGACAACGACAAGUUUUCCCUGGAUGACUACUUGGGUUUCCUAGAACUUGAUUUGCAUCACACGAUCAUUCCAGCAAAAUCACCACAGAAAUGCAGUUUGGACAUGAUUCCUGACCUCAAAGCCAUGGACCCCCUUAAAGCCAAGACGGCCUCCCUCUUUCAGCAGAAGUCCAUGAAAGGAUGGUGGCCAUGCUACGCAGAGAAAGAUGGCUCCCGCGUGAUGGCUGGAAAAGUGGAGAUGACAUUGGAAAUCCUCAACGAGAAGGAGGCUGACGAGAGGCCAGCCGGGAAGGGGCGGGAUGAACCCAACAUGAACCCCAAGCUGGACUUCCCAAACCGACCAGAAACCUCCUUCCUCUGGUUCACCAACCCGUGCAAGACCAUGAAGUUCAUCGUGUGGCGCCGCUUUAAGUGGGUCAUCAUCGGUCUGCUGUUCCUGCUCAUCCUGCUGCUGUUCGUGGCCGUGCUCCUCUACUCCUUGCCGAACUAUUUGUCAAUGAAGAUUAUAAAGCCAAAUGCAUAAUGAAAGCAAAGGCUUCAUUUCAAGAGUCACCCAGUAAUGAGAGAAUCCUGUCUCUGUGGACCAACACACCUCCGUAGCAGGUUCCGGUACACUACUGAGCCCUAUUGCUUCCCAGAGGGUCUUAGUCCUGGACAGUCAGGCCAACAAGCAACAUUUGCAUCAUGUUAUCUCUUAAAGUAUUAAAAGUUUUAUUUUCUAAAGUUUAAAUCAUGCUUUUCAAAGUAUUUUUUAAGGUGGCUGGUUCCAUUUAAAAAUCAUCUUUUUAUAUGUCUUUAGUUCUAGAAUUCAGUUUUUGGAAAUUGCUAAAUAGAAUUUGAAAAUCUCAGCAUCUUGAGGUAAUAUACUUCAUAUUUGUAAUCAACUAAAAGAACUGUGCAUUAUAAAAACAGAAUAGUUAGUUAGGACCAUUCUUAUUUAUGCCCACAACCUUUGUUAUAUUUUGUAUGGAUGACUGUCAUAAAAGUCUAUUUAACCUCUGUGAUGAAACUAAAUAAAAAUGUUUCACCUUUA